UCUCCCCCAUUUUCAAAAAGCUGCAACUGCAACUGCAGCCACAAGAGGAGGCGUAAAAUUAAUUUUGAAUUUGAGAAGUGAAAAUGGGAGGGAGAGGGAGAUCUCGCACUCAGAGGAAACACUUCCGGCAGGGGAGAGAAAACGUGUGGAAACGGACGAAAUCCGAUGAUUCCGCCGCCGCAGCAACCGACGAUGCUAACGGCAAGACGAAUCAAGGUUGGGAGCCGUUUGCCACGCAGAACCCCGGCUUCGAUGAGUACUACAAGGAGCAAGAAAUUGUUUCGCCUGAAGAAUGGGAUAGUUUCAUUGAGUAUCUUAGGAAACCGCUGCCUGCUGCUUUCAGAAUCAAUUCCAGUUGUCAGUUUUAUUUGGAUAUUCUGUUGCAGCUGGAGAACGACUUUAUGAAAUCUAUUCAGGCAGAGGAUGCUGAUGGAUUUGAAGUGGAUCCCAUAAAACCACUACCAUGGUACCCGGAUAAUCUUGCUUGGCAGUCAAAUUUUUCUAGGAACCAGUUGCGGAAAAGUCAAACCCUCGAGAGAUUUCAUGAGUUUCUGAAGCUAGAGAAUGAGAUUGGAAACAUUACAAGACAGGAAGCUGUUAGCAUGGUUCCUCCACUAUUCCUCGAUGUACGUCCAGAUCAUUUUGUUCUCGACAUGUGUGCGGCACCAGGUUCAAAAACAUUUCAGUUACUGGAGAUGAUAUAUAAUUUGACAGAACCAGGAACUUUACCCAGUGGAAUGAUUAUCGCAAAUGACCUGGAUGUUCAAAGAUGUAAUCUUCUUAUUCACCAAACGAAAAGAAUGUGCACUGCCAACUUGAUUGUCACAAAUCACGAAGCACAACACUUCCCAAGCUGCCAAUUACAUAGGCAUCACUCAGAGAACUCCCAGAUUGGUAUUCGUCAGCUUGAAUUUGACCGGGUUUUGUGUGAUGUCCCUUGUAGCGGUGAUGGUACUUUACGUAAGGCUCCCGAUAUUUGGAGGAAGUGGAAUGCUGGAAAUGGUAAUGGUCUACAUUGCUUACAAGUCCAGAUAGCAAUGCGAGGUCUAGCUUUGCUAAAAGUUGGUGGUAGGAUGGUAUAUUCCACUUGCUCAAUGAAUCCAGUGGAGAAUGAGGCUGUCGUUGCGGAGAUUUUACGGAGAUGUGGAGGAACGGUUGAGCUCGUUGAUGUCUCGACUGAACUUCCUCAGCUUGCUCGCAGACCAGGUGUUAAGAAAUGGAAGGUUCGCGAUAAAGGGCAGUGGCUGGCAUCUUGUAAUGAUGUUCCUAAAUAUCGUAGAACUGUAAUAACUCCAGGCAUGUUUCCUUCUGGAAAAUUGUUCGAGGAGACAUCUGAGCAUGAUAUUGAAGCAUCAAACGGCAAAACCAAUGAGAACGGUGAUGCAAAUUCUGAAAACGGGGUCCAGUUGAUGGACGAGUCAUUAGCCCCGCCACAGAAUUUGGAGGCAGAAGUCUCGACUCUACCUUUAGAACGUUGUAUGAGGAUAGUACCUCAUGAUCAAAAUUCUGGGGCUUUCUUUAUUGCUGUUCUUCACAAGAUUGCACCCUUGCCUGCCCCUGCUGCCACUGAGAAGAAACCGACAAGUCUUCCCGAGAAAAUAGAUUCUAAUACCACUCAACCUAUAAAAGAACUGGAUGAAGUGAAAGAGGACAAUUCAAAUGUGGACGACAUUGAUUUAAGCGGCGAAGGAGAUGUUCAAAUUUCUGAAGCAAAUCCCGAUGCCGAUUUGCUGACUGGAGUGGGUGAAGAAGAAGAAGUUCCUUUGGACAACGAUGAGAACAGUAUAAAUGAAGAAAAUGUAAAAAAGGAAACUAAACCUUCAGCUGAUGUGAAAAAAACGGCUUCGGGAAAAAGGAAGCUUCAGAUUCAGGGGAGGUGGAGAGGUGUAGACCCCGUUAUCUUCUACAAGGAUGAGUCUGUGGUUGGGAAGAUAAUAGACUUUUAUGGAAUCAAGGAAUCUUUUCCGUUCAAAGGGCAUCUUAUUACAAGAAACAACGACAUGAACCAUGUCAAGAGAAUUUACUACGUAUCAAAUUCUGUUAAGGAAGCUCUCGAGUUGAACUUUCUAGCUGGCCAGAACCUUAAGAUAGCUUCUGUGGGAAUGAAGAUGUUUGAAAGGCAGACUUCGAAAGAGGGGACAUCAGCACCAUGUUUAUUUCGAAUAUCGUCUGAAGGAUUGCCAUUGAUUCUCCCACAUAUAACGAAGCAAAUUAUAUAUGCAUCUGCAGUGGAUUUUAAGCAUCUUUUGAAGUACAAAAGCAUCAAAUUUUCGGAUUUUGUUAAUCAAGAGUUUGCAGAUAAGGCUAUGAAGCUAAUGCUUGGUUGCUGUGUGGUGAUUCUGAAUAGAGAAAACGGAGGCUCAUCAGAUUCAUUACAAGAAGAUACGAAACCUAUUGCAAUUGGGUGUUGGAGAGGUAGAACAAAUGUAUCUGUCAUGGUGACAGCGCUCGAUUGCCAGGAACUUCUGGAAAGGGUAUCCACUCUCGUUUCAGCAGAAGCAAAACCGGAAGUUUCUGAAAUCGAAUUAGACAAUACCAUAAACGAGGCACCUGCAAACUCUUGAUUGAACCGUCUAUUUUUGGAGAUUGUCGUGAUAUUAUUAUUAUUUCGAAUGGUUAUUUUGGAUAUUGUAGCAACGUUAAACGUAAUUUACAGCUUUGAAUUGCAGUUUUGAACAAUUA